AUGCCGCGAAGGAUAUCGCCGUCGCCUUCUACAGAUACAGGUCUUACCAACCCGUGCCGACUCGCGACUGUUAGGACACAGAGACCAGUGCCAAAGGGUAUCAAAAAGCUGCUCGGGUCGACUACGGAGUCGGGCGGUGGCGUCCAUCAAUACCCUUCAUCGAACCGCGGUCGUCUUGUUUCCCCACCUGAUCGUCCAUUCGAACGGUGGCCUGACUCUGCUCCGCUCGGAGCCCCCGCUGCCCCAGUCCAGGCGAUAUACGCUCCUGCAUAUCCCGCACUCCAUGCCCACGCCACCACCGACACCCACCCCGGCGCGCCACCGUCUGCCCAGCCCAGCCAGUACGACUCGCCGCCACGCUCGCAUGGACGCCUUCAAGAGCGGCCAUACGUUCUCCCAGAUCAGUCGCAGAGGGCGACGUCGUCCGAGUCAGCGCCCGUUGGGGAGAAGCAGGCGAUCAGUGCUCCGAGUCGCCGCUAUGACGCUCGCGCCCGCGACUCCCGCUUUCAGCCGUAUUCUCGCCCACGCCCGCGCUUCCUGGACGAGAACGAGCGGGACCCCUCCAUCCGGCGUACGCUCGCCCCUGGUGGCGGCGCUCGCCACCAAGAGCCGGGAGGCGACGCUGUCCAGAUGCGCACCCUCGAGCGGCACGACAUCGACUUGCGCGGCUACAACGGCCAACCUUUCCCAUCGCCGCAACCCGAACGUGGCGCCGCUGUUCAAGAAGCGGUACAUUACAUCCGUGUGCCCACUUUCACGAAGCAGGCUGCGCACGCGCGAUCGGACGACCUCAUCCGGGCAGAUCCGACACGCUUCACAUCUCCGUCCAGGACCUCUCAGCCUUCGGAGCAGCGCGAACACGCCCGCGUCGAGGAUAUCAGGUACCACGAUCUACCGUGCCCCAUCUGCGCAUACCAGCCCAAGCACGUGCACCCGGACGCCCUGUUGCGUUGCGCCCACCGCGCACACACCGCGCCGUCCGUUACCGCCACCGAUGCGGCCUACGGGCUUAAUGAAGCGGUCAACGUGGGCCCUGAGCACACAUACACCGAGCCUGCGCCCGCGCAGACGUCCAUACAGCCCUACGCGAUCCAGUGGCAGGAGGCUUGUCCCUCCCCAAACGCAGAGCGGCCGUCGAGUCCGAGGCCACUCCGGUGGAUACUUGCCCAACCCGACGAGUUCCACGCCACUGUGUACUGGCGCCCUUCUAGCGACAUCGACCUGGAGAUCUUCUCGCAGCAGGAACAGGUCUACGCGCCCGACACCGGCAUAUUUGCAUCGGACCCGACGGGACUCAGCUACUCAGGCGCGGAGCUGUAUUCCCAAGAUGCGCGCGUUACUCAUUCGUCUGCAUCGCGUAUUCAUGCGCACGACCCCCACGAUUUGGAGGGCAAUCAAGACCAACACGUCGUGGACGUUCCCGCCGGACGCCAGCGCGAGCAUCCCUCCGUGGCCCAAAGCUCGUUGCCUUACGAUCGUCGAGGAUCACACGGCGAGUUUCCCCAUAACGCGAUUUCCGCGCGGGGACCACAGCCGGUUCGCGAUCUGCCUCUGUUGACCGCACUAGAGAGCGGUCCGCGCGCUCAUCCCGCGCCGUCGCGCUCGGCGCAGACGCCCCAAUAUCAGGGGGGCGCGCUCCGUGCUCAGUCGAUGGUCGUCCACGAUGGUCCGGUCAUGGCACGCCCCAAGGCGUCCUUCGCGCUUGGACAUACCCUGUCUGCGAGCCCACUCUACCAGCCGCAGGGCUGCUACAGCCCCGGAGGCCUCGACAGCUACCCCGCCCAGGAAGCCCACUCAUCGGCGCGCGACUCAUCGCUGCGUGCAUUCCCCCAAGGCCCUUCUACUCGGACGACCAUCCGGCUUACAAGGGCUUCAGACGAGAGUGAUCAACUUCAGUGUUGA